UCUGUUUGCAAAGGGGUCAGGGUGGAACUAAACUUAAGCUCAUCUGCAGAAAAUGGCACAAAAUGAAACCAGCCCCUUUUUGGAAAUAUUAAAAUCAUUUAAUCUUGGUGACAUGAUCCUCGCCUUCUGUUUAUCGGUGCUUGUGGGCCUGCUGCUGGGAGCCAUGGUCUACGUUCUGCUGACCUGGGUGUCGAGGGGCCGGGCUAAAGCCAGGAUCACUUCUCGAACACGUGACCCCACGGACAACCAGCUGGGUGUUUACAGAAGCACUUUUCUGGGUGUUUACAGGCAGCCGUCUUUAGAGCCCGUGGGCCCUUUGGGGAGUAAACCUUUGGCAGAGGCAUCCACAUUUCGACCGCUGCCCAAAAAGAGCCGUCCUGCUCUGAACUUGGUAAAUGACGCACAGGUAACCAUGUCAGAGGACACGGUGGCCUCAGACUCGUCGGACUCGGCCUCUCUUGUGCCAAACAAAAGACAUUCCUUCUGGUUGGGCAGCAACAGCCUGAAAGGAUUCCUCCCCUCACACACCCCGCCUCCUGCGUACGACAGCUGCAUCCACGCCUUUCAGGAGACCUACACCUAAAACCAGUCCCAUCAGAACCAGAACCACAAACAGGACCAAAAGUUUGGAGCUGCUUUGUUUGUUCCAGCAGUCUUUAAAGACAAUAAAAAAGCACAGUCCAAUUUAGAGAAGUGAAUCCUCAUCUGAAAUAAAUGCUUCAUCAGCCAGAACAGCUCACCUGAACUUAUCAAGACAGUCCAGUGAGUCAACUUUAAACUGCUAAACAGUCUGAUGGUUUUCACUCAGCAUUUUAUGACACCAACCACAGAGUACAAAGUGUGGAGAGAGGCUAAAGUCUUCAUCCAGGUUAGGCUAAUGCAGGGCUCUGCAACCUUUAUGAUCAACAGAGCCAUUUCUGCUACUUGGCUCACAAAUAAAAUGUGUUCAGAGCCGCAAAACCAGCUACAACUGUGAUUAUCAACUGAUGGUUCGUGGGCCUUUUCGAAGCCUUUUCAGGAACCUUUAUGGCCAGUGACUUUAUAAAACUAAAAAUAUAUUGUGAAUUUAAUUAUUUAUUG